GCGGUCGUCGGUACUGCCCAGAUGUGGCACAAAACAGCCAGGUUUUAAAGUACACUACUUCGUCAUUCUACGUCUGUAGGAACAAGGCAUGUUGUGAUGUACAUUACCAGGUGCUGACACCCACUUCCCACUUAUAAAACCAACACUUCGCAGCUGCUUCGCCGACAGUCAUCGGGUCCACUGCUAUCUGCCCUAGUUCUACCAUAUUGCGCUGCUUUAAUUACCCCCGACUUCCUGUAUUUUGUUUCUUGAUCUUUCUUUCUCUUGAUUUACACUACAUUGCGAAGUUCGCUGUUCUUAUAUACCCCUAGUUCGACUCAUACCUUACGUGGCUAAGCUACGCCCAACGCACACUGUGGCUUCCUGUUGCAAGAUAUCAUCAGUGCCAACUAUUGCCGCUUCACAAGGCAAAAAGCAAAAAAAGUAAAACAAGUUAUAUAACGAUGUUAUCCUACGACAAUCCCGUCCCAGUAAAUGGAACGCACUCUGCGGCUAGUAUGGCUGCUUCAUUAAAUACUAUGGCACCGAACCCAAAGCCUAUCAAUGCCACCAUGGUACCAGUAACAUCGAAUAACACUAUCGCAAAAAACAACGGUCAGCCGGGACCCAGACACCAUCAUAUCUGGUUAGUCACCGGCCCUGCCGGUUGCGGAAAAAGCACUGUGGCCAAGCACUUGUCAACGGCCCUUAACUUACCAUACAUCGAAGGUGACGAGUUUCACACCAAGGCAAACGUUGAAAAAAUGGCCAAUGGCAUACCAUUGACUGAUGCUGAUCGAUGGGACUGGCUCACUGCCCUACGAGAGGAGUCCCUACGAAAACUAGCAGAUGGCGCUGAAGGAGUUGUGCUUACCUGCUCUGCUCUCAAGCGUAAGUAUCGAGAUGUCAUCAGGGUGGCCCCUUACUACUCGCACGACGUUGUUCUCCACUUCAUCUACCUUCAUGCGCCGGAAGCUGUUCUUCUUGAGCGCGUGGGGCUAAGACAGGGGCAUUAUAUGGGGGCAAAUAUGGUCCACAGCCAAUUCUCUAUUCUGGAGCCGCCGACGGCAGAAGAAACGGACGUGAUCAGCGUCGACGUGAGCAGGCCUAUGGAAGAUGUUCUGGAGGACUCUCUGAAUAAGGUUCUCCAGAAAAUGGACGAGACUGCAUCAAGCUAACACGAUAUGG